CCUUGGAAACCGCUGCCUGGAUUCUGCUACCCCUUGCUGGGCGGGCUAGCGUAGCAGCUCGCUUGGUUGGGCUGCCCCUGGUUUUUAGCGGCUGAGGAGGCGCCAUCCAUUUCCCCUGCAGGGCCCCAGAGACCGGAAGGCAAAACAGAGUUGUCAGCGAGGCCUGAGCAUCUGCUGGCAACCCGCAGAGCACAGUCCCAAAUGCGUUGAGUAUCUGGAUCUGCUACCGGCUGUGGACUUGAGAGAUCAUCCAUACCCAUGACGUGAGCUCUCACCUAGGUACCUGUUUCAGAGGCUGGACCACAAACGAAGACGAUUUUCCUAGCUCUCAUAAGAAUCUGAAAAAUAGCAGGAAACUUCUGAGAAGGCCCUACUGAAAUACAAGGAAGAUAUAGCCCAGGAACCUUGCUUUGGAGAUUCCUGCAGGUUAGGCUUUUUCCCCCCUUAAAAGCCAGCAGAUACUCUAUCAUCUUCAAUCAUGGCAAGUAUCCUUGCACGAGUGCGUAACAGCCAGCAGCAGAAUGCACCCUUGCCACCCUGGGCCUGUUCCCUAUUGAGGUCCCUAGGUGUGAGUCUUGCUCCUUUAAUGUCCAACAUAGUAGAAAGAAAUGUGAAAUUCUUCUCUGGAAGGGUGGCGCCAGCUCAGGGGGAAGAAACAUUUGAAAACUGGUUAACCCAAGUGAAUGGGGUCCUGCCAGAUUGGAAUAUACCUGAAGAACAAAAGUUGACCCUCCUGAUGAAAACCCUCAGGGGUCCUGCCCGCGAGGUCAUGCGUUUGCUCCAGGCUGCCAACCCCAGUCUAAGUGUGGCAGAUUUUUUGCGAGCAAUGAAACUGGUGUUUGGGGAGUCUGAGAGCAGCAUGACUGCUCAUGGUACAUUUUUUAACACACUGCAGGCUCAAGGGGAGAAAGCCUCCCUUUAUGUGAUCCGUUUAGAGGUACAGCUCCAGAAUGCUAUGCAGGCAGGUGUCCUAGCAGAGAGAGAUGCAAACCAGACUCGCCUGCACCAGCUCCUUGUAGGGGCUGAGUUGAGUAGGAACCUGCAAAACAGGUUUAAGCGGCUCCUCAGAAUGUAUGCAAAUGAGCCAGAGAGCCUUCCCAGUUUUCUGGAAGUAAUCAGGAUGAUAAGAGAAGAAGAGGAUUGGGAUGACAGUUUUAUUAGACGGAAGCGGCCCAAGAGAUCUGAGCCAAUAAUGGAGCGAGCAACCAGUCCUGUGGUAUUUCAGGAGUUCCAGCCAAUGACAAUCAGCAGUGCUGACUCCAAUGUGAUAGAGAUAGAUGAUACCCUGGAUGACUUAGAUGAAGAUGUGAUUCUAGUGGAAUCUGGGGACCCUCCACUCUCCUCAAAUGCACCACCCCUCAGAGGGAGGGCUACAUCUCAGGACCAAUUGCUGGUCAUUGAUUCCCCUAACCAUUCCAGAGCUCAGUCUCCUUCUACUGGUUGGACAAAUAAAAAUAAUAGUCCUGAGGAUAUGCACAGAGGCAGGAAGCGCAAACACACAAUCCCCUAUUCCCUUUGUGGCCAGGAGCACCACUCUAAAGAACCCUGUGACAAUGAGAACAAGGCACAGGUUUUUGCAACAGUGAUGAUCACACUACAGGAGCUGUCACAUACAGAGGAGACAUCAAAAGAAGUCCCUAGAGAACACAAUGGCCUCUCAGGGUCACAAUAAGAUGCUACCUCCAAGCCCUAAAUGAACCCUUAACUGUAUUCAGAGUCUGAGGCUGUGGAAAAUAAGAAUGGGGGUGGGGUUCUUACUGAAUGAAUUCAUCAUAAAGCACUUUUCCAUGAGGGGAAAAAUCAGUGUUAUAUACCAGCACAAUGAAGGGUGAUGGUUUGACCACUUUCCUUGUUUCCUUCUCUGCUUGCUUAAUGGUCUUUUCUCUGUGUCUUUCUUCAAAGUUUUUAUUCUAUAUUCUGUUCACCUGUGUUCCUGUGUUAAACACAUCAAGAAAAAUACAAUAACUGAACUAUAAAUUCCCUGAAAAUGACCCUCAUAUAAGCAUUGUCAGUCCUUUGGUGAAUGCCCUUCUAGAUAUUUCCCUGUAUCUGUAUACUCAGUGGAUAUAUGUGCAGAUAAAAGUGAUCAAAUAUAAGUGUUGUUCUAUAUAGUCUUAUUUGAUCAA